UUUGCUGACUACAAAGCUCGUAUGUAUGGUCCCAAGGCCACUUACACUGUGACUCCUGAUGAGGCCCGUCCUCCAACUCCAUCUGCAAAUCUGUGUGCUUCUGAUACUAUGCCAGGAUCUCAGGACUCACGAGAAGAUUGGGCAUGGUAAACGGAUAGGGGGGUUAUAUUACUUACAGUUGCCGGCUGCAGCAGUUCGUGAUUGUGUCGCUAAUAAAGCUCUGAGUGGCAGUGUCAAGGACAAGCACCAACUUUGGUUAUGGCAUCGUCCCUUAGGACAUCCGUCGUUUGGUUAUCUUAGACAUUUGUUUCCUUCAUUAUUUAGUUCAUGUGAUGAGUCUAGUUUCAAAUGUGAGACUUGUGUAAUGGCCAAGAGCCACCGUACUGUUUUUCCCUUAAGUAAUAAUAAAGCUGCUUUGCCUUUUGAGUUAGUACAUUCUGAUGUCUGGGGUCCUGCUCGUGUGACUUCUCAUGGUUUCCGUUGGGUAAUUUAUCCCUGA